AUGAUGAUUUUAAAUAAUAAUUAUAUUAUAUUUUUAUAUUUUAAAUUAAAUUUAAAAAAUACAUUAGUAACAAUUUCAAAAUAUAAAAAAUAUAAAAAUAAAUAUAUAUAUAUAAAAAAUUUAAAAACUAUAUCUUGUGGUCACUUUAAACAAUUUAAAAAUAGAUUAAAAAAUACUAUAUUAGCAAAUAAUAUUUUAAUAAUAAAUAUAAUAAAAUAUUUAAUUAAUAAAAAUUUAUUAAAUAUUAAUAUUAUUUUUAAUGGUAUUAAUUUUUAUAGAAUACAUAUAUUAAAAUUAUUAUUAAAUAUUAAAUAUAAAAAUAAAAAAUUAAAUAUAUAUAAAUUAUUUGAUAUAACUUCAAUACCUUAUAAUGGAUGUAAAUUUUCUAAAAAAAAAUAUUAA